GAUGAGACCAAGCCAAGAUUUGUCAGCGCCAUCCUUAAUUCUGGACUGAUCCCCCCCCAGAACAUCAUACAAGAUGGGGAAAAAGGAACAAUACGACAUGUACGCGGUGGAGAUGGAGCGAGAGGAAGAUGGAGGGAUGGACGUCAAGAUCAAAAAGAAAAGCAAAGGCUCCAAGAAGCAAGAAAAGCUGGAGAGUAUGAAGAAAGAGAUGGACAUUAAUGACCAUGAGAUCACUAUAGAGGAGCUGGAACAGAAGUACAACACCAACGUCACCAAAGGAAUGAAGGCCACUUUUGCUGCAGAAAUACUGAUCCGGGAUGGUCCCAAUGAACUGAAGCCCCCAAAGGGCACCCCCGAGUACGUCAAGUUUGCCCGGCAGCUGGCAGGGGGGCUGCAGUGCCUGAUGUGGGUGGCAGCGGUGAUCUGCCUCAUUGCCUUUGGGAUCGAAUGUGCCCAGGGCGACCUGACUAGUGCGGAUAAUCUGUAUUUGGCCAUUACUCUCAUUGCUGUUGUGGUUGUCACCGGAUGCUUUGGGUAUUACCAGGAAUUCAAGAGCACCAACAUCAUUGCCAGCUUCAAGAACCUUGUCCCGCAGCAAGCUACUGUGCUGCGUGAUGGAGAGAAAUUCCAGAUUAAUGCCAACCAACUGGUGGUGGGAGACCUGGUAGAAAUUAAGGGAGGAGACCGUGUUCCUGCUGAUAUCAGGAUUAUAACAUCACAAGGAUGCAAGGUAGACAACUCCUCUCUGACAGGGGAGUCCGAGCCCCAGACCCGAUCCCCAGAAUAUACUCACGAGAGCCCCCUGGAGACAAGAAACAUUGCGUUCUUUUCCACCAUGUGUUUAGAGGGGACUGCCACAGGGGUCAUUAUCAACACAGGAGACCGCACCAUCAUUGGACGAAUUGCCAGUCUGGCAUCUGGUGUGGGCAAUGAGAAGACCCCCAUCGCUAUUGAGAUUGAGCACUUUGUGGACAUCAUUGCUGGACUCGCCAUCUUCUUCGGGGCUACCUUUUUUGUCGUUGCCAUGGUGAUUGGUUAUCCAUUCCUGAGGGCCAUGGUGUUCUUUAUGGCUAUUGUGGUAGCUUAUGUCCCAGAGGGUCUACUGGCUACCGUCACGGUGUGUCUGUCACUGACUGCCAAGCGCCUGGCCAGGAAGAACUGCGUAGUCAAGAACUUGGAAGCUGUGGAAACCUUGGGUUCAACAUCUGUCAUCUGUUCCGACAAGACUGGGACUUUGACUCAGAACCGGAUGACUGUCUCCCACUUGUGGUUCGACAACCAGAUCCACUCAGCCGACACCACUGAAGAUCAAUCAGGUCAAAGUUUUGAUCAGACCUCAGACACAUGGAGAGCCCUGAGUAAGGUGACAAGUCUCUGCAACAGAGCGUGCUUCAAAUCCGGACAGGACGGAGUCCCAAUUCCAAAGAGAAUUGUGAUUGGAGAUGCUUCCGAGACGGCUCUCCUGAAGUUCUCGGAGCUCACAGUUGGCAACGUCAUGGAGUACAGAGACCGAUUCAAGAAGGCGACAGAGUUGCCCUUCAACUCAACCAACAAAUUCCAAUUGUCUAUUCAUGAGCUGCAGGAUCCAUUAGAUCUCCGUUAUCUGCUGGUGAUGAAGGGAGCUCCAGAACGUAUCCUAGAACGAUGUUCUACCAUCAUGAUCAAAGGGCAGGAACUGCCUCUGGAUGAGCAGUGGAAGGAGGCUUUCCAGACCGCUUACAUGGACCUGGGAGGCCUGGGAGAAAGAGUGUUGGGUUUCUGCCACCUGUAUCUGAACGAGAAGGAAUAUCCCAGAGGUUUUAGCUUUGACACCGAAGAAAUGAAUUUCCCCACAAGCGGCUUGUGCUUUGCCGGAUUGAUUUCCAUGAUUGACCCUCCCCGUGCCACUGUGCCCGAUGCUGUCAUGAAGUGCCGGACUGCCGGAAUCAGGGUGAUCAUGGUUACUGGAGACCAUCCAAUCACAGCCAAAGCUAUUGCUGCAAGUGUGGGUAUCAUCUCUGAGGGUAGCGAGACAGUGGAGGACAUUGCAGCCCGUCUACGCAUUCCUGUGGAGCAAGUUAACAAACGUGAUGCCCGCGCCUGUGUCAUCAAUGGUGGCCAGUUGAAGGACAUGACCAGCGAGGAACUGGUAGAAGCUCUUAAACUGCAUCCUGAGAUGGUGUUUGCCCGAACCUCCCCUCAGCAGAAACUGAUCAUCGUGGAGAGUUGCCAGAAAUUGGGAGCCAUUGUGGCAGUCACUGGUGAUGGUGUCAACGACUCUCCUGCCUUAAAGAAGGCUGACAUUGGCGUGGCUAUGGGCAUCGCCGGAUCUGAUGCCGCCAAGAACGCAGCUGAUAUGAUUCUGCUGGAUGAUAACUUUGCCUCCAUUGUGACUGGGGUGGAACAAGGGCGUCUCAUCUUUGACAACCUGAAGAAGUCCAUUGCAUACACCCUGACCAAGAACAUCCCAGAACUGGCCCCAUAUCUCAUCUACAUCACAGCGAGUGUCCCUCUACCCCUGGGGUGCAUCACCAUCCUUUUCAUCGAGCUGUGCACAGACAUUUUCCCUUCAGUCUCCCUGGCCUACGAGAGGGCAGAAAGUGACAUUAUGCACCUUAAGCCAAGGAAUCCCCGCCGCGACCGUCUGGUGAAUGAAGCUCUGGCUGUCUAUUCCUACUUCCAAGUCGGUAUCAUCCAGUCCUUCGCUGGUUUUGUGGAUUAUUUUACUGUGAUGGCCCAAGAAGGCUGGUUUCCUGCAUACGUCCUGGGCCUUCGUUCUCACUGGGAGAACCAGCAUUUACAGGAUCUGGAAGACAGUUAUGGACAACAGUGGACCUUCAGCCAGCGUCUGUACCAGCAAUACAACUGUUACACCGUCUUCUUCAUCAGCAUUGAGGUGUGCCAGAUCGCAGAUGUCCUCAUCAGAAAAACCAGACGUCUCUCUGUCUUCCAGCAAGGGUUCUUCAGAAAUAAAGUCUUGGUCAUUGCCAUCGUCUUCCAGUUGUGUCUCGGUAAUUUCCUUUGCUACUGUCCCGGGAUGCCAAAUGUCUUCAACUUUAUGCCGAUUCGAUUCCAGUGGUGGCUCGUACCUGUUCCAUUUGGCAUCUUGAUCUUCGUUUAUGAUGAGAUCCGUAAACUGGGAGUACGCCGAAACCCAGGAAGUUGGUACGACAAGGAGUUGUAUUAUUAAACCGAUUUCUCCAGCCAAUCGCUGCCCCCCGUGCAGCUCAGGACACACUCAUUCUCUUCCAUUUGUGCCAAGAUAACGGAGCCAAACUUUCUGAAUGAUCAACAAUGUUUGUGUAAAUACAUGGGAAAUAUUGAUUCUAGAUACGGUCCAGUCUGUGUGUCUCUCCCUAUAUUAUAUUAUACACUGUGCAGACUGGGCCUGCUGCUGCCAUACUGAUGUAGCCUAAGCCUUAUUAGCUAAUGACACAGGCUUUUGUAUGAGGAUAAUCAGUUCAGAAAGGGUUUGUUUAUCCAUUUAAACCUUAACCAAAGCCCAGUUUGUGAUGCCGAGUAUCUCUGGACAAGGAGACAGGACAGGAGCCUACGCUCUUCAUAUAAUGUAUGUGAGCUAUUCUAAUAAAUUAUUACAUGAAAAUCA